CGUUUCAUAAUGGGGCGGUCACAUGGUUCAAAGAUCGGGAGCUGGUCACAUGACUUUGAUGUCAUCAAAAGGUCUUCGCUGGUAGUACUGGGGCAGAUCUAGCAACAAGGGGGGUCCCAUCACGGGUAAUGGCCCCGGGCAGUGACCCCAGCACAGAAAGUCCCCGGCCCGUACAGCCAGCAGCAGAGCAUUAAUACGGAACCCGGUCUACUCCUAUGUGCAGCGCCCGUACCUUGAUAUGAGCUACGCUCCGAGCCUGGCGGAGUGACAGGCAGCAGCACACGUGUGCGGCCGCUGCUGGGGUGACGCAGCCGGAUCGCUGCUCCCAGUAUCCGCAUAGCGGCCAGCAGCGGGGCGCUACUCUCUCCUUACCCGCACAGCGACCUGCCGUUUCGGGCAGCGGGGGAGAAGGAGCGGUCGUCAUGGCCGGAGGAGGUGGCCCGGCCGGGGAGGGCAGCAGCCAGAGUGACCAGCAAUACUGCGAGCUGUGCGGCAAGAUGGAGAACCUGCUGCGCUGCGGCCGCUGCCGGAGUUCCUUCUACUGCAGCAAAGAGCACCAGCGGCAGGACUGGAAGAAGCACAAGUUGGUGUGCAAGGGACCCGCGGCCGGGGACAGCCCCGCCGCCCGCAGCAGCAGCACCACCGGUGACAGCCCGCAGCCGGCUCCCGCACACACAGACUCACACGGGGACUCGCACUCCCCGCUCCCGAAACCGUCGGGCGCCGAGACUGCUGUGACCGCAGGAGCCGCCCCGAGCAGGCCGGACGCGGCAGCGGUGCCUGCAGGCCCCGACACCAAGCAGCGGGAGGUGGUGGUCGGCGGAGCCACCCUGAGGGCGAUAAAGGAGGAAGACUAUACCCAGACGUCGGGCGAGGCAGGGGGCAGCAGCGCCGCCAGGAGGGGGGUGGCGGGGAGGCCCAACGGGCACACCAAGCCGCUGCUGCAGAAGCUGGCUCAGGAGUACAUCAUCCCCUGCAUGAACAAGCACGGCAUCUGUGUGCUGGACGACUUCCUGGGCCCGGAGGUGGGGGAGAGGAUCGCCGGCGAGGUGCGGGCCCUGCACAGCACGGGGCGCUUCACAGACGGCCAGCUGGUCAGCCAGAAGAGCGACUCCUCCCGGGACAUCCGCGGGGACCAGAUCACCUGGGUGGAGGGCAAGGAGGCGGGCUGCAAGACCAUCGGCCACCUGAUGAACAGCAUGGACGAUCUGAUCCGCCACUGCGGGGGCAAGCUGGGCAACUUCAGGAUAAACGGCAGAACCAAGGCGAUGGUGGCUUGUUACCCGGGCAAAGGAACUGGCUAUGUGCGACAUGUUGACAACCCUAAUGCAGAUGGAAGAUGUGUUACUUGUAUAUACUAUUUGAAUGCUAACUGGGAUGCAAAGGUAAAUGGAGGUGUGUUGAGAAUUUUCCCUGAAGGCAAGUCUCAGUUUGCUGAUAUUGAACCAAAAUUUGAUAGACUAUUGUUUUUUUGGUCGGAUCGUCGCAACCCUCAUGAAGUUCAGCCCGCCUUUGCUACAAGGUACGCAAUAACUGUCUGGUAUUUUGAUGCAGACGAAAGAGCACGGGCUAAAGAAAAGUAUCAAACAGGUGAAAAGUCUGUGAGAAUUGAGCUGAACAAGUCAUCUGAUGAAGUUGUGAAAGAAGUCUGCUGAAAGAUCUGAACCAGCAGUGCUUCUAGUUACUUUUUAUAUGUAUAAAGUAUAUGUCCUGAUAACAGUGUAUGCUGAGUCUGGGCUGUAUUAUGUUGUGAAUGUAAAUAAUGAUAAAAGUAUAUGUAUGAUUCUAUAAUAUGAUGUACCAAAUCAGUAAACAUAGAAUUAUUCACUGGUCUGCUGCACAUAGACCAGUGUUGCCAAUGCUUUUAUGAAACGGGACUCUUGUAUGAAAUGUUUGGGGUUUUUUUUUUGUUUGUUUUUUACGAAUUAUCCUCCUGAAAGUAACUCUAAAAUCUAUUUGUACCCAUUUGUUUUGUUAUAAGGUACACAUUAAGGUAAAAUGCCUUGUGAUGAUUUGAAACCUAGAGUAGACUUUUUAAUACAAAAAUGUAAACUCUGCUUAAAUGUCUUAACACCCCGGCAUAAAGGUUAAGAUGGGUACUCACCCUAAGAUUCUCUGUCCAAUCCGGCUGCUUGGAAUGAAAAACUAGUAAUGUAUAGAUAGGAGCAAAUGGCAAUCAACCCAUUUGCUCCCAAACACUGAAACUGACAAAACCGAUCGUUCGAAUAAGUUUGAUUCAACCAAUUUAUCCGAUGUUUAGGAGCAAAUGAUCGAUUGUUAUUUUGCUUACAUACAUUACCAGGUUUUUUUGUUCCAGCCAGAUUGGACAGAAUCUUGGAGUCUUUACCCAGCUUUGCAUCUACUUUAUGAUAGUGCAGUGGUUCUCAAACUCGGUCCCCAGGACCCCACACAGUGCAUGUUUUGCAGGUGCACAGGUGUAUUAAUUACUCGGUGACACAUUUUAAAACGUCCACAGGUGGAGCCAGUUAUUUCACUUGCGAUUCUGUGAGGAGACCUGCAAAACAUGUACUGUGUGGGGUCCUGAAGACCGAGUUUGAGGACCUGUGUGAUAGUGUGUUCAGAUUGUGGUAAUGGAAUAUUGAGGUUACAUGAUCAAAAAAGCACUAAUAAUGACACCAUUUCAUAGCCCUAUGGUGUUUAGCAGACAGUGCACUGCAAGAUCUGUAAAAUAGGCAUAUGGGGAAAUGCAUUUAAUAGUUACAGCAAAUGUACAUUUGCUGACAGGCCUCAAAUAACUUUAAAAUUUAAAAUGGUAUAUACUACAUUUAUAAGAGCAGUUUGGAAAGUGGAUGGAUAUUGCAGAUUGUGAAUAGUUGCUGUACUCACUUUAAGCAUAGAGCAUAUGUAAAUAGUCCUUUUUAGAGUAAAUGAAUUGACUUGCUGUUUAAAACUAUUGGUCCUUUAGUGUCAUGACAUAGUACAAAGAUUAUUUCUUUGUCUGCUAGGUAGUAAUGUAAGGGCAUAGUUCUUGAGCCAUUGAUGAUGAAGAAUGCUAGAAUGAAAUGUGCAUAUAAACUUGAAGUGCCUGUGCUGAACUCCUUUUAAUAACUUUUUAUUACAAAAUGCAUUAUUUUAAAUUAUUGAUAUUUUCUUCAGUUUGUUGAAUUGCUAAUGUUAUUCUUUGGUCUAAUUCUGCAUAUUACCUGGUUUUUAUCUAGUUGCAGUACUUUUGUAGUAAAAUACACUUUAUUAAUGAAAUCUAAUGCAAUGCUGGCCACGCUUCAACACUGCAACCAAAGUCAUGUGCUUAGUAUGGCAGCAUUUUCAGCUUCUACACUGCAAAGAUCCCUAAUAAUAUUGCAAUUUGAAUCUAUUAAAUCCUUAUCAAUCAGGUUUUUCAGACAGAUGGAUGACCACGUACUGUUAAUGGCCUGUCAUGGAAACUGGCAGGCCGCAGUCACAUUUGAAGUGUGUGGCCAAAGUGGAUGUUUGUAAAAUUGUCUGGUGUUCAUGCAAGUGGCAGAAUCAGACCACGUAUUUGUAUUGCAAUAGAUAAUCCCCUUUUUAAUAGAAAAUAGUUGAACAUUUAACUUUUUUUUUUUUUUUUUUAACUUAACACUUAUAUAGCACGCACACAACUGCAGCGCUUUAAAGACAAUAUUUUGUAAGAAGUGUCAAAUUUAUUACAACCAGUGCUGUUUUACACCAUGAACUUUGGUAUGCAAGAAAGCAGAUAAAAUAGAGAAAAUCAUUUUUCUCUGUUAUUGGUAAAGAUUUAACAAUUUUGCCAUCACCAUACAAAAGUAAAACAAUUAUUCAGAUGUUGUUAAAAAUAUUUAGCGCACUUUUGUGUACAUCCCUUUUUGGUGGUCUGGGCUGCAUAUGAGAUCUUGUAAUGUUUGUGAGAUCUUGCACAUGCACAGUGGGGCCAGCCUGGAGGCAAGACACUGCCCAUAGGCACUAGACUGAUGCACUAUUGGUGGUAGGUGGAUCGCCAGAUGGGAAACAUUUCUGUCGUCCUACUCUGGUGGCCGAGAUGUACAUCUCAACGUUAUUGCUUCAAUAAGAGGCGAAACAGGAAGACCUAUGCUGCUAUAGUACUGUACAUCUUCUUCUCUCUGUCCCAGCUGAGCUCACAAUCCAUUUUCCCUAUUGCAUGGACACAUACAAACUAGAGUUAAUUUGGAGGAAACCUACUUACUACAAACUCCAAACAGGGGGCCCUAUUUGAAGUCAUGCCAUUGACCAAUGUAUGGUAGCCGUGCUAAUCAUGUGAACGGUGGUGUUUGCUUGCACCUGUAAGAAUAAAAUAAGUCUGAAAAAAUAGUCCUUCAAUCUACAACAUUCUAUUUUUUUGUUUCUGAAAAUUGUUCCCGAUAUAAUCACCACUUUGUGUUUUACUCUAUAUUACCAUCCCAGUAUUAAUUUUUUUUUCUAUAGGUUACUUUCAACCAGAAUUACUAAUUUUGUGGUCUACCAAGAUACUUUUAAAGUUUCUUGUUUUUCCGGGACAACUUGUACUUCCCUUUGGUAACAAAGUGUUACAUCUUUUUACUUUUGUAUUAUACUGUAAAUGUACAAAAAGGAGAGAAAUGCUCUUACCUGUCAUUUUUACUGUAACCCCACAAAUAUAUUAAAUUCAUUCUACAGCA